GCCCUCCCCCCCCUCCCUCCGUCGGUACCGACUCACCCGACACCACCAAGCCGCAGGGAGGGACGCCCCCGCCGACAGGAGGAUUGGUUCCCGGGCCGGCGGCGAUGCCCCCCCGGUAGCUCGGGCCCCUGGUCGGGUGUUUGUGAGUGUUUCUAUGUGGGAGAAGGAGGAGGAGGAGGAAGAAGAAGCAGCGAUUUGUCUUCUCGGCUGGUCUCCCCCCGGCUCUACAUGUUCCCCGCACUGAGGAGACGGAAGAGGAGCCGUAGCCACCCCCCCUCCCGGCCCGGAUUAUAGUCUCUCGCCACAGCGGCCUCGGCCUCCCCUUGGAUUCAGACGCCGAUUCGCCCAGGGCUCUUGGCUGGCUCAGUCUGAGGACAUGCGACAGUGGAUCUUGGGAUUUGUUUGGGAAAUGGGAAGUAAUGACAGCUGGCACCUGAACUAAGUACUUUUAUAGGCAACACCAUUCCAGAACUUCAGGAUGAAUGGGGAUAUGCCCCAUGUCCCCAUCACUACUCUCGCGGGGAUUGCUAGUCUCACAGACCUCCUGAACCAGCUGCCUCUUCCAUCCCCCUUACCUGCUACAACUACAAAGAGCCUUCUCUUUAAUGCACGAAUAGCAGAAGAGGUGAACUGCCUUUUGGCCUGUAGGGAUGAUAAUUUGGUUUCACAGCUUGUCCAUAGCCUCAACCAGGUAUCUACAGAUCACAUAGAGUUGAAAGAUAACCUUGGCAGUGAUGAUCCAGAAGGCGACAUACCAGUCUUGUUGCAGGCUGUCCUGGCAAGGAGUCCUAAUGUUUUCAGGGAGAAAAGUAUGCAGAACAGAUAUGUACAGAGUGGAAUGAUGAUGCCUCAGUAUAAACUUUCUCAGAAUUCCAUGCACAGUAGUCCUGCAUCUUCCAAUUAUCAACAAACCACUAUCUCACAUAGCCCCUCCAGCCGGUUUGUGCCACCACAGACAAGCUCUGGGAACAGAUUUAUGCCACAACAAAAUAGCCCAGUGCCUAGUCCAUAUGCCCCACAAAGCCCUGCAGGAUACAUGCCAUAUUCCCAUCCUUCAAGUUAUACAACACAUCCACAGAUGCAGCAAGCAUCAGUAUCAAGUCCCAUUGUUGCAGGUGGUUUGAGAAACAUACAUGAUAAUAAAGUUUCUGGUCCGUUGUCUGGCAAUUCAGCUAAUCAUCAUGCUGAUAAUCCUAGACAUGGCUCAAGUGACGACUACCUACACAUGGUGCACAGGCUAAGUAGUGACGAUGGAGAUUCUUCAACACUGAGGAAUGCUGCUGCCUCUUUUCCCUUGAGGUCUCCACAGCCAGUAUGCUCCCCUGCUGGAAGUGAUGGGACUCCUAAAGGAUCAAGACCACCUUUAAUCCUUCAGUCUCAGCCUCUACCUUGUUCAUCACCUCGAGAUGUUCCACCAGACAUCUUGCUAGAUUCUCCAGAAAGAAAGCAAAAGAAGCAAAAGAAAAUGAAAUUAGGCAAGGACGAAAAAGACCAGAGUGAGAAAGCUGCAAUGUAUGAUAUCAUUAGUUCUCCAUCCAAGGACUCUACUAAACUUACAUUAAGACUUUCUCGUGUAAGGUCUUCAGACAUGGACCAGCAAGAGGAUAUGCUUUCUGGUAUGGAAAAUAGCAAUGUUUCAGAAAAUGAUAUUCCUUUUAAUGUGCAGUACCCAGGACAGACUUCAAAAACACCCAUUACUCCACAGGAUGUAAACCGCCCACUAAAUGCUGCUCAGUGUUUGUCGCAGCAAGAACAAACAGCAUUCCUUCCAGCAAAUCAAGUGCCUGUUUUACAACAGAACACUUCAGUUGCUACAAAACAGCCCCAGACUUCUGUGGUACAGAAUCAGCAGCAGGUAUCACAACAGGGACCUAUAUAUGACGAAGUGGAAUUGGAUGCAUUGGCUGAAAUUGAACGAAUAGAGAGAGAAUCAGCUAUUGAAAGGGAGCGCUUUUCAAAAGAAGUUCAAGACAAAGAUAAGCCUUUGAAAAAAAGAAAACAAGAUUCUUACCCACAGGAGGCUGGGGGUGCUACAGGAGGUAAUAGACCAGCUUCUCAGGAGACGGGUUCUACGGGAAAUGGGUCAAGGCCAGCAUUAAUGGUUAGCAUUGAUCUUCAUCAGGCAGGAAGAGUGGACUCUCAGGCUUCUAUAACUCAGGAUUCAGACUCCAUAAAAAAGCCUGAAGAAAUCAAACCAUGUAAUGAUGCACCUAUUUCUGUUCUUCAGGAAGAUCUUAUUGGAAAUCUUAAAUCUACACCAGAAAACCAUCCUGAGACUCCUAAAAAAAAGUCUGAUGCUGAGCUUUCAAAGAGUGAAAUGAAACAAAAUGAAAGUAGAUUGACAGAAUCUAAACCAAAUGAAAACAGAUUGGUGGAGACAAAGUCAAAUGAAAGUAAGUUAGAAGCUAAAAUUGAGACACAAACAGAAGAACUGAAACAGAAUGAGAGCAGAACAACUGAAUCCAAACAAAAUGAGAGCACCACAGCCGAACCUAAACAGAAUGAAAAUAGACUGUCUGACAUAAAACCAAAUGACAACAAACAAAAUAAUGGCAGAUCAGAAACAACAAAGGCAAGACCCGAAACCCCAAAGCAAAAGGGUGAAAGCCGACCUGAAACUCCAAAACAAAAGAGUGAUGGGCGCCCUGAAACCCCAAAACAGAAGGGUGAUGGACGGCCUGAAACUCCAAAGCAGAAAGGUGACAGCCGACCUGAAACUCCAAAGCAAAAAAAUGAAGGUCGGCCUGAAACACCAAAACAUAGGCACGAAAAUAGGAGGGAUUCUGGAAAGCCAUCAACAGACAAAAAACCUGAAGUGUCUAAACAUAAACAGGAUAUUAAAUCUGAUUCACCUCGGUUAAAAUCAGAACGAGCUGAAGCCUUAAAGCAGAGACCUGAUGGGCGAUCUAUUUCUGAGUCCUUAAGACGCGACCAUGAUAGUAAACAAAAAUCAGAUGACAGGAGUGAAUCAGAGCGACAUCGAGGGGAUCAGUCUAGGGUUCGAAGACCAGAAACAUUGAGAUCUUCUAAUAGAAAUGAACAUGGCAUUAAAUCUGAUGGUUCAAAACCUGAUAAACUAGAAAGAAAACAUAGACAUGAAUCAGGGGACUUACGGGAAAGACCAUCUUCUGGGGAGCAAAAAUCAAGGCCCGACAGUCCUCGUGUUAAACAAGGAGAUUCUAAUAAAUCAAGACCUGAUAAGCCUGGUUUUAAAUCACCAAAUAGUAAAGAUGACAAAAGGACAGAGGGCAAUAAGAGUAAAGUAGACAGUAACAAAGCUCAUCCUGACAAUAAGGCAGAAUUUCCAAGUUAUUUGUUGGGGGGCAGGUCUGGUGCAUUGAAAAAUUUUGUCAUUCCAAAAAUCAAGAGGGAUAAAGAUGGUAAUAUUACUCAGGAGACAAAGAAAAUGGAAAUGAAAGGAGAGCAGAAAGACAAAGUAGAAAAAAUGGGAUUAGUUGAAGAUCUAAAUAAAGGAGCUAAGCCUGUAGUUGUGCUGCAAAAACUGUCUUUGGAUGAUGUUCAGAAACUUAUUAAAGAUAGAGAAGAUAAAUCAAGAAGUUCCCUUAAACCUAUCAAGAAUAAACCAUCAAAGUCAAAUAAAGGUAGUAUAGAUCAAUCAGUGUUAAAAGAAUUACCCCCCGAACUUCUGGCAGAAAUUGAAUCCACCAUGCCACUUUGUGAACGUGUGAAAAUGAAUAAACGCAAGCGUAGCACAGUUAAUGAAAAGCCAAAAUAUGCUGAAAUCAGUUCAGAUGAAGAUAAUGAUAGUGAUGAAGCUUUUGAAUCCUCUAGGAAACGACAUAAAAAAGAUGAUGAUAAAGCUUGGGAAUAUGAAGAACGUGACAGAAGAAGCUCUGGGGAUCAUAGGAGAAGUGGCCACUCUCAUGAAGGAAGAAGGAGUUCAGGUGGUGGUCGUUAUCGAAACCGAAGCCCAUCAGAUUCUGACAUGGAAGAUUAUUCUCCUCCUCCCAGCCUUAGUGAGGUUGCUAGAAAAAUGAAGAAGAAAGAAAAACAGAAGAAGAGGAAAGCUUAUGAACCAAAACUAACACCUGAAGAAAUGAUGGAUUCUUCAACUUUUAAGAGAUUCACAGCCUCAAUAGAGAAUAUUUUGGAUAAUUUAGAAGAUAUGGAUUUUACUGCAUUUGGUGAUGAUGAUGAAAUUCCUCAGGAACUUCUCUUAGGAAAACACCAGCUUAAUGAACUCGGCAGUGAAUCUGCUAAAAUUAAAGCAAUGGGUAUAAUGGAUAAGCUUUCCACUGACAAAACUGUGAAAGUCCUAAAUAUCUUGGAGAAGAAUAUUCAAGAUGGGUCCAAGCUUUCCACUUUGUUAAAUCAUAAUAACGAUACUGAAGAAGAAGAAAGAUUAUGGAGAGACCUUAUUAUGGAGAGAGUUACAAAAUCAGCAGAUGCCUGUCUUACAACUAUCAACAUUAUGACAUCCCCUAACAUGCCAAAAGCUGUAUAUAUUGAGGAUGUAAUUGAAAGAGUUAUACAAUACACUAAAUUUCAUUUGCAGAAUACGCUCUAUCCUCAGUAUGAUCCUGUUUACAGACUAGAUCCUCAUGGAGGAGGCUUGUUAAGUUCAAAAGCAAAACGGGCUAAAUGUUCUACCCACAAGCAGAGAGUAAUAGUAAUGCUUUAUAAUAAAGUUUGUGACAUUGUUAGCAGCUUAUCAGAAUUGCUAGAGAUACAACUUCUCACAGACACAACAAUUCUUCAGGUAUCAUCAAUGGGAAUAACACCAUUUUUUGUGGAAAAUGUCAGUGAACUACAAUUGUGUGCCAUUAAGUUAGUCACUGCAGUAUUCUCAAGAUAUGAAAAACAUAGGCAGUUAAUUUUGGAAGAAAUUUUUACUUCACUUGCAAGAUUACCAACCAGCAAGAGGAGCUUGAGGAACUUCAGGUUAAAUAGUAGUGAUAUGGACGGAGAGCCUAUGUAUAUUCAGAUGGUUACAGCACUGGUUUUGCAACUAAUUCAGUGUGUUGUACAUUUACCAUCAUCAGAGAAGGACUCUAAUUCAGAAGAGGACUCAAAUAAAAAAGUUGACCAAGAUGUUGUCAUUACCAACUCUUAUGAAACAGCCAUGAGAACAGCCCAAAACUUCCUUUCCAUCUUCCUUAAAAAAUGUGGUAGUAAGCAAGGUGAAGAAGAUUACAGACCACUAUUUGAAAAUUUUGUUCAAGACCUUCUUUCAACAGUCAAUAAGCCUGAAUGGCCAGCUGCUGAACUACUCCUUAGUUUGUUAGGGAGACUGUUGGUUCAUCAGUUCAGUAACAAGUCAACAGAGAUGGCUUUAAGAGUGGCAUCUCUUGAUUACCUUGGAACUGUUGCUGCACGAUUAAGGAAAGAUGCCGUUACAAGCAAAAUGGAUCAAGGGUCAAUAGAACGAAUUUUAAAACAGGUUUCAGGAGGAGAAGAUGAAAUACAACAACUACAGAAAGCAUUGCUUGAUUACUUGGAUGAAAACACUGAGACUGAUCCUUCACUAGUGUUUUCUCGUAAAUUCUAUAUAGCCCAGUGGUUCCGUGACACAACUCUGGAAACAGAAAAAGCAAUGAAAUCACAAAAAGAUGAAGAAUCAUCUGAAGGAACACAUCAUGCGAAGGAAGUUGAGACAACUGGUCAAAUCAUGCAUCGAGCUGAAAACCGGAAAAAGUUUCUUAGAAGCAUUAUCAAAACCACACCUUCUCAGUUCAGCACAUUAAAGAUGAAUUCUGAUACUGUGGACUAUGAUGAUGCUUGUUUGAUUGUUCGAUACUUGGCCUCUAUGAGGCCGUUUGCCCAGAGCUUUGAUAUUUAUUUGACACAGAUCCUUCGAGUUCUUGGUGAAAACGCAAUUGCCGUUCGAACAAAAGCCAUGAAGUGUUUAUCUGAGGUUGUUGCUGUAGACCCCAGUAUUCUAGCAAGGCUUGAUAUGCAGCGAGGAGUUCAUGGACGAUUAAUGGAUAACUCCACUAGUGUUCGAGAAGCAGCAGUAGAAUUAUUAGGUCGAUUUGUUCUUUGUCGACCUCAGCUUGCUGAGCAGUAUUAUGAUAUGCUGAUUGAAAGAAUUUUGGAUACUGGUAUCAGUGUCAGGAAAAGGGUAAUAAAGAUUCUAAGAGACAUCUGUAUUGAACAACCAACGUUUCCAAAAAUUACAGAAAUGUGUGUAAAAAUGAUUCGCAGAGUCAAUGAUGAAGAGGGCAUUAAGAAAUUAGUAAAUGAAACAUUCCAAAAACUCUGGUUUACUCCAACUCCACACAAUGACAAAGAAGCAAUGACGAGGAAAAUUUUAAACAUCACUGAUGUGGUUGCAGCAUGCAGAGAUACUGGCUAUGACUGGUUUGAGCAACUCCUUCAAAACUUGUUGAAGUCCGAAGAGGAUUCCUCAUAUAAACCUGUGAAGAAAGCUUGUACUCAACUUGUUGAUAACCUAGUUGAGCACAUUCUUAAAUAUGAGGAAUCUCUAGCUGACUCUGACAAUAAAGGUGUGAAUUCUGGAAGAUUGGUAGCUUGCAUAACCACUUUGUUCUUAUUCAGCAAAAUAAGACCUCAGCUCAUGGUUAAGCAUGCCAUGACUAUGCAGCCAUACCUUACCACUAAAUGUAGUACACAAAAUGAUUUCAUGGUUAUCUGCAAUGUUGCAAAAAUCCUGGAGCUGGUUGUACCACUGAUGGAGCAUCCAAGUGAAACUUUCCUUGCUACUAUUGAAGAAGAUUUAAUGAAGCUUAUCAUCAAAUAUGGCAUGACUGUAGUGCAACAUUGUGUGAGCUGUCUGGGAGCAGUUGUAAAUAAAGUGACACAAAAUUUUAAAUUUGUGUGGGCCUGUUUCAAUAGAUACUAUGGUGCCAUUUCAAAAUUAAAAAGUCAGCACCAGGAGGAUCCAAAUAACACUUCACUUCUGACAAACAAACCAGCACUUCUUAGAUCCCUUUUCACUGUUGGAGCACUAUGUCGGCAUUUUGAUUUUGAUCUAGAAGAUUUUAAAGGCAACAGUAAGGUUAACAUAAAGGAUAAAGUACUUGAAUUACUGAUGUAUUUUACAAAACAUUCAGAUGAAGAAGUACAAACAAAAGCUAUCAUUGGUCUAGGAUUUGCCUUUAUUCAGCAUCCAAGUCUAAUGUUUGAGCAAGAGGUGAAAAAUCUAUAUAAUAACAUUUUAUCUGAUAAGAACUCCUCAGUAAAUUUAAAAAUACAAGUGUUAAAAAACCUCCAGACCUACCUACAAGAAGAGGAUACACGUAUGCAACAAGCAGACAGAGACUGGAAGAAAGUUGCAAAACAGGAAGAUCUAAAAGAAAUGGGUGAUGUGUCCUCAGGGAUGAGUAGUUCCAUCAUGCAGCUUUACCUCAAACAGGUGCUUGAGGCGUUUUUUCACACCCAGUCAAGUGUACGCCACUUUGCCCUGAAUGUCAUUGCGUUGACGCUAAACCAGGGUCUUAUCCAUCCAGUUCAGUGUGUACCAUAUUUAAUUGCUAUGGGAACAGACCCAGAACCAGCUAUGAGGAACAAGGCUGAUCAGCAACUGGUGGAAAUCGACAAAAAAUAUGCUGGAUUCAUUCAUAUGAAAGCAGUGGCUGGUAUGAAGAUGUCCUACCAGGUACAACAGGCAAUCAACACAUGCCUAAAAGAUCCUGUGAGGGGUUUCAGACAAGACGAGUCCUCUAGCGCUUUGUGUUCACAUCUUUACUCCAUGAUCCGUGGAAAUCGCCAACACAGACGGGCCUUUCUAAUUUCUUUACUCAACCUCUUUGAUGACACAGCAAAAACAGAAGUGAAUAUGCUCUUGUAUAUAGCAGACAAUCUAGCCUGUUUUCCAUACCAGACACAGGAAGAGCCGUUGUUUAUAAUGCAUCAUAUAGACAUUACACUCUCAGUUUCUGGUAGUAACCUACUGCAGUCAUUCAAGGAGUCAAUGGUAAAAGACAAAAGGAAAGAGAGAAAAUCAUCACCUAGUAAAGAAAAUGAGUCAAGUGAGAGUGAAGAAGAAGUUUCCAGGCCUCGGAAGUCACGGAAACGUGUAGAUUCAGAUUCAGAUUCAGAUUCGGAAGAUGACAUAAAUUCAGUGAUGAAAUGCUUGCCAGAAAAUUCAGCUCCUUUAAUUGAAUUUGCAAAUGUCUCCCAGGGUAUUUUAUUGCUUCUGAUGCUAAAACAACAUUUGAAGAAUCUCUGUGGAUUUUCUGAUAGUAAAAUUCAGAAAUACUCUCCAUCUGAAUCUGCAAAAGUAUAUGAUAAAGCGAUAAACCGGAAAACAGGAGUUCAUUUUCAUCCCAAACAAACACUGGACUUCCUGCGGAGUGAUAUGGCUAAUUCCAAAAUCACUGAAGAUGUGAAGAGGAGUAUAGUAAAACAGUAUCUAGAUUUCAAACUUCUCAUGGAACAUCUGGACCCUGAUGAAGAGGAGGAAGAAGGGGAGGUGUCAGCUAGUACAAAUGCUCGGAACAAAGCAAUUACCUCGCUGCUUGGAGGAGGCAGCCCUAAAAAUAAUGCAGCAGCAGAGACAGAAGAUGAUGAAAGUGAUGGGGAGGAUAGAGGAGGAGGCACUUCAGGGUCAUUGAGAAGGUCAAAACGAAAUUCAGACUCUACGGAGUUGGCAGCACAGAUGAAUGAAAGUGUUGACGUCAUGGAUGUCAUCGCUAUUUGCUGUCCAAAGUACAAAGAUCGACCACAAAUUGCAAGAGUAGUACAGAAAACCAGCAAUGGCUUCAGUGUUCAGUGGAUGGCAGGCUCCUACAGUGGCUCCUGGACUGAGGCUAAGCGCCGUGACGGCCGCAAACUGGUGCCUUGGGUAGACACUAUUAAAGAGUCAGACAUUAUUUACAAAAAAAUUGCUCUAACGAGUGCUAAUAAGCUGACUAAUAAAGUUGUUCAGACUUUACGAUCCCUGUAUGCCGCCAAGGAUGGGACUUCCAGCUAAUGAAUUUGUACAUGCAGCCAAAUUUACAGGAAUUUUUUUAAAGGCAGAAAAACUUGAAAUAUCAACAUUCUGGCAAAAAAAAAUCAGUUUUAUGAAGAGUAAGAAUGGAACCUGGGAUGCAGGAACAAAAGAAGGAAAUGUUGGGCAAACAUUUUUGUGGGAGCUCCCUUCGCUGUUGUGCAGCAGAAACAGAUUCUCAGUUCAUUUUUACUCCCACUGUAUUAUAGUUUAACAAAAAUUGUUUAUAUCUUGGAAAAAAACUUUCUGUUUAAAAAAUAAACAAGUGAAUGUUGGAAAUUAGUCUGUUAAUGUUCUUAAUAAAGUGUUCUUGGAGUUUAACCUAGCAGCGGAUGGCUUUCUUUAGCUUAGCCCAGUUUCCAGGGAAGCAUUGUUUUUUCCAGGCUGUAAAAUGGCAGACUCUCCUGGAUAUAUAAUUUAUUCUGUUGAGAAAAAAAAAAAAAAAAAAAAAAAAAAAAAAAAAAAAAGCAUGCAGUAUCUAUGACCUAUCUGCAGAAGGAGUUUUUGUAAAUGUAGAUUUUGAUGUAUUAGGUCACCCUGAAAACAAUACAAGAAAAGGGAUCCCCAGGCAAUCUGGUGGAGCGAAUACUGCAAUAAAUUUUUUUACUUCUCUUUGUUACUUGUCUGUUUCCAUUUGAAUUUCUUAUUGUAAAGAUCUGUUUAAAUCCAUUUAUAUUAUUUUGCAGUCUUUUAUGUAAAAUUUAUUAUAUCACUGGUUUUCAAAGCAAAACAUAAAAUAUUGUUUAUACAGUUUGUAUAGGCUGACUUCUGAAUAAUUGGUAUCUAUUAUUUUCAUUCCCAUAAGAGGGUGUAAACAGUUAACUCCAGGGUUUUAUUGUAUCCUGCAAUAUUUAGUAUUAACUAUAUAUGAUUUAGCACUGUGCCAAACACAUUUUCAAGAGUACAUUUUGAUAUAAAAAGAAACUAUAGUUUA